GCGGUUGCCGUCCUCUGGAGGCGGGGCUGGGCGGGGGGAGGCCCGCCAUGCUGAUCACGCUGUGCUACCUCUACCUAUGGGCGCGUUGGGGGCCUUGCUCGGCCGCGCUCAUCCGCCGCACCGUGCGCCGCCUCCACCGCUCCCGUUGCUCCUUCACCUUCUGCUGCUCCGCCGGCCCUGCGGCGCCUCCGGCUCAUCCGCCGCCGCCCGAGGAGCGCGUCUGCCUCCGGAUAGGAAACAAAGUCUUCUUCACGGGCGAGACGCAGCUCCUCGAUGAUUUAAACAGAUGGAGUCUACUUCUCAUUUCUCCUUUUAUUUAUCCUGAUAAGUUACUAGCAGCGGAGCAUAUAGCUUUUGUGACAGAAAGUGUUUCAGCUCAGACGGAUAACUUGCCGAAAUUACCUGUCUCUUCAAAGGAGAUUGUGAAGUGGUCUGACUAUUGUUCACCGUUGGCCUAUAAACCUGGGGAACCUUAUAAGCUAAUUGCUGAAGCAAGUGUAGAUAAUUUCAGUAACCUUGGAAUAGCAUUUAUGGAAGACAGGCUUCAAAUGGAUAACGGAAUGGUUCCAUGCAAGAUUGUUUCUGUCCAUUUACAAGAAACUACUCUGGAGGAGUUAAAGCAGGUGACACCGUCUAUGAAACAGAAGAGUGUCAGCAUUACACAGAUGGAUGAAACAACUCCCGAUACUUUUGGGACUACUGUUAAAACACAAUUAAGAGGAGUAGCUGAGUCUGCAGGACAAGAUGAUUCAGACACAAAAGAAGAACAACCUAAGCUAGGGAAAAAAAAUGAAGAUGAAUCCAGCAGCCUAUCUGACAAAGAGACAGGCUUUGGAGAACAUCAUCACUUGCAUCUUUCCAGCUGUCAUGAAUGUCUGCAACUUGAAAACAGCACUAUUGAAUCAGUCAGAUUUGCCUCUGUGGAAGACAUUCCAGAACUUCCCGAUGAUUGUAGUAGCAAACUGGAAGAGAAUGGUGAUUGUCUAACAGCAGGAAUAAAGAGAGUUAACCUUGCUGGAAAGCCCCCUAAUAUAUUGAUUUAUGUUGGGUCUGGAUCUGCAAAAGUGGACUUUGAGCAAGUAAAAUCAAUCAUUCAGGAAUGUGUUGAUACAGAUAGCUACACCAUCUACCAGUUGCAUGAGGAACAAGUUUUGAAAGCACCAUGGAUUGAUAAUUCACUGCUGUUGAUCAUUGCCACAGGAAGGCCUAUUUCUGAGAAGAACCAAAAACAGUUCAUGAAGUUUUUAUCUAAAGGUGGAAAGAUUCUAGGGUUAUCUUCCUCUUUUACAUUUGGUGGUGUACAAAUAAAGACGAAAGACAAACUGAAGAGGACUGUUCAUGAAUUAGUGGUCUCUAAAAUGGACAGAACUGAAAUGAAGUUAAAUCUUUUGAUCAGUGGCUGUAUGUUUGAGGUAGCAAUGGAGGAAGGGAGCAGCAAAGCGAAGCCAUUGAGUUACUUAAAUAAUGCUGAUAAAGAUAUAGUUAUUGUUCAUCUGCCUUAUGGAGACAAUGGAGGAGAAGCCAUUCUUUCUCAGGUGCAUUUGGAACUGGAUACCAAUUCUAUGGAUAUCCAAACUGAAGAGGAUUUUAAUUUGCUUAAGAUGAGCAAUCCCAAGAGAUACGAAGUUCUCAAGGAGAUUUUGAUAUCACUUGGCCUGAGUUGUGAAUUAAAUGAAAUUCCUAUGUUGACGCCUAUUUACCUUCUCUCUUCUGAUGAGGUCUUAUUUUAUUUCCCUUGCCCACAGGAAAUCCAUCUUACAUUUUUGAAAUGGCUUGAGGAGAAUGUAAAUGUUGAAGGAUUAAUAGAAUCCAGCAAGGUGUCUCUUAAAUUUGUUUCAUCUUGUGAAUCGAAAAUGGAGAUAACUCCAUCUCUCAUGUCAGUCGUCACCAAGAUGGGAAACUUCUCAUCAGAACAUUUCAGCCUGGAGACAUAUCAGCGGAAUCUACAAACAAAGAAACUUGGAAAGAUUCUUUUCUUUACUGAAGUUACCACCUCAACAAUGAAUCUUCUAGACGGGUUAAUGUUCAAGUUGCCUGAGGAGAUGGGUUUAAUAGCAAUCGCUGUUCGACAAACACAAGGGAAAGGUCGUGGCAGAAAUGCUUGGCUCAGUCCCAUUGGUUGUGCACUAUCCACUGUACAUAUCACAAUUCCUCUACAUUCCAACUUGGGCCAGAGAAUUCCUUUUAUUCAACACCUAGUGUCCUUGGCUGUGGUAGAGUCGGUUAGAUCAAUACCAGGAUAUGAGGAUAUUGACCUGCGAGUAAAAUGGCCAAAUGAUAUUUAUUACAGUGAUCUUAUGAAGCUUGGUGGAGUUCUGGUAACCUCUACACUUAUUGAAACAACAUUUCAUAUACUUAUUGGAUUUGGAUUUAAUGUGAAUAACAGCAACCCCACCAUAUGCAUCAAUGACCUCAUCACAAAAUUUAACAAGGAAGAGGGGACAAAUCUGAAGGCUUUAACUGCAGACUGCCUUAUUGCAAGAACUGUAACUGUGCUAGAGAGACUUAUAGAUAUUUUUCAGGAGAAAGGGCCCAAUGGGGUUCUUCCUCGUUACUACAAGUACUGGGUACACAGUGGUAAGCAGGUUCGUCUCCACAAUGAGGAGGGUCCGCUGGCGUGGAUAGUUGGGAUUGAUGAUUAUGGAUUCCUUCAAGUUCAUGAAGAAGGCAAAGGUGUAGAGUCUGUGCAUCCUGACGGCAACUCUUUCGACAUGCUGAAAAACCUCAUAAUCCCAAAGCAUUGAUAGUUCUUAGAGUUCACAGCACAAAAGAAGGUUCUUUACUAUUCAAUUCCAUGCAGUUAAACUCGCAUAGAAGUGGGAAGGGCAUUUGAUGGUUUGGUUGGUUGGUUCUCUUCUUCCUGUUUCUGAUAUCUUUGUUCUUUGAGAAGGGUAACUUCAACAGUUUAAGAAGAGAUAAUUAUCUUUUUGAUGAAGCCAUUUAUUCUUCUGUAUUGUCUUAAAAACUCAUCUAUGUUGCCAUUCUUCGUAAGAAUCUAUUCUCUUAACGGACUCUGAUUUCAAUGGAAUACUGUGCAAUUAACAGAAUUUUUUCUUCAAUUACUCACUGUGUUUGAGAAACUUAAGUGGCUAAAUAUUUUUUUCAGGUUUUCAGGUGUCUGGGUUUUUACUGUGCUUUAGUACAGUGAAGUACAAUAUUUACAUUUUUACUAUGUUGUAUUAGCUAGAUUCUGGUUUUUGCACUGUCUGCAGUGGAAUCAUCUGGAAGAGCUCAUCUUGUGUUUCUGAAUUACUCAGAAUUUCUGAGUUUCUGCAAAAGUAGAGCUUUGCUGACUUGGUUCUUCUCCAUGUGAACCCACACAACAGUUUACAUACCAUGCUUUGGUUACGGGUAUGCAACUUGUCACGGUUGCCUUGAGUUUUUGGAGUCUUCCAUCAACUCUUAAGAAUUAUGAUUGGUUAAGCCAAUUUAUUUUUAGCCUGCUCUUCUUAGCCAAUUAGAUCUAAGUGAAUCAUCUCAUGUCUCCUUUAAAUCAGUGUUCUGAAAGUGCAAGAAUAGCCCACUGGGAGUCAUGACUAGUAUAGUUUAUGAUUUCAAUACCCUUAUACAGGUUUGAGGAGUAACAGUAAUUCUAGUAUAACAGUGAUGAAGUUAAGCGAAUCAGAGAAGAUGAUGUCCCAGUCUUAAGAUCCCUGCUUCAACCACUCUCCUGGAGAUGAUAAAAUGUUCAGUUAUUUGUGUCCAAAUUCUCCUCCAUUGCUUCUGUUUGCUCCAAUCCCUUUCCCAAGGUAGGCUUUUGUUUUUUCUGCUAACCACUGAAAACAGGAGGUUUAACAUCUGCUGACUAGGAGGUAGCUUGCUUUUGGGGUUGGCCACAUGGUUCUGGGUUAGGUGUAACAGCUUGAUCUGAUUGGAAAGCAUUGAGAGGUAGGCGUGCGGUAGCUCCUGUGUGAUAGGCAGCUUAUUGGGUUUCUCUCCUGUGCCAGAUGACUUUGGAUUUUGUCUGGCCCCAGAGCACUUCAAAUGGUUCUCUCAAAUAAGAAUUUUAUCACAGGUGUGAUGUGGCCGGCUUCAUUUCCUCAAGUAGGCAGCACCGCUUAUUGUGUACCUUGUCCCUACUAAAGUUGGAUCAGCCAGAUUGGUUUCCACAAAGCACUUCUGUCUACCAGCCAGAAAUGGGUUUUUUAGGUUAAAGUUCACCUCAUAAACAAUCUGGACUUGUUAGUAGAUUGUUUCAGUUACAAAGCCAAGAAGUCUUAAAGCAAAGAAGCUAGUCUGCAAUGGUAAUUUACAGUAAUCCUCACAUAUUAAGUUUUAGGUAGCUUGGCAGCAAGUGCUAGAAAUUAAGUCGUCCCUCUCACACUUGGGAUUUUACGCUCCAUAUCGCAAUAUAUCAGUGUGUGUGCCUGGUUGGCUGUCCCCUGCUGUUUUGUUUCUCCUUGUGAUCGGUGUCAAACUAGGCUGUACACCAGUAUUUCCUACAGUUGUACAGGGGAGCAUAGACAGCUGUUUAUUUGCCUAGCUAAAAUGAUGCACAAGAUCAUCAAUUCUUAGAUUUUCCCCCCAGAUGCUUUCAAAACUGCUUUGGGCUGUUAAUUUUUGGCAACUGCCUUUAUUUCAAAAUCAAGCAUUGAUUCAUAUUAUAAUAAAAUGAUAUGUAAAUCUGAGUUAAUAAAGGUUUUUAAAGAUCCCAUUCAUAUAUACACAUGUGUAGUAUGUGUCUGUGUAUACACAAAACUUCAUGUUUUUUUACUUCUUUUCUACCUUUUCCUUCCUAGCUGUGGAAAGCGUAGUUCUGUUACUGGUUUUUGACUAUAGAAUUCUAAGAAACUUUAGAUCUGUAUCUUGAAGCGUCUGUUUUGUUACAGUAGAGCUUGCCAAUAGGAAGCACAGUCGAUAACACUUCUGUUUCAGAUAGAUGAGUGGCUGUAGAGAUUACUUGAAAUGACCAGGCCACACAUUGUUACUUUACAUCAUGCUCUUCCCUACUCUUAGGUACAGGGACUGUGAAAGGACAAUAGGGAAAGAGAUAAAGCUCAGUCCUGUAGGAAGGGCAGAAUGGAGUACUUGAAAAACUUCACGUAGCUGAAUAAGUGCUGAGCAGAAAGCAGAUGUAUUUUCAAUAGUAAAAUGCUACAGUGUUUCAUGAUUGCUAUCAUUCCAAUUUGGCUGUCUUCAUUCUUUGUAAUGAAAAGCGUGUUUUAUUCUUGCUUUGCAUUUUAAGAUUAUUCCAAAACAAGUUUGGGAAGAAGCUUAGCACUGAACUUCCUUUCUGGAAGUGAGAACCAUCAGCUGUGGAUUUGUCCGAGCAUUGGUAGGUGAUGUGGGGAUACUACUUUGCCUCUACUUUUUAGUGGCCUCUUCGUGUGCGUCUACAGCUCCCUGCUGUCUUGAGGAAAUGACCUUGAGUUGGAUGAAGUGUUUGUUACAGACCUGACCUUUCUUUCAGAAAAAUCAAAGAACUUCACAAAGAAAAUUCGUGCUACAAACAGAGAACACUGGAAUAAGGUCAUUCAGACCUUAUUCAUUCAUUCAGCUGUUACUGUCAGGAAAGCUCAUGAACCUUCCUAUACCACACUCAUCCCCAGGUAUCUGGGAAUCACAACCACUGGUCGUACUCUUUUUAUGGCAAACCUGUUGCAUUCUGAAAACUGCAAUAUUUUUCUAUGGAAAUGAUGUUUAAUAUCGUUCUUUACAUAAAACAGACAAAUGUGGUGUUGUGUGGCAUGGAGAAACUCGGGUAUCUCUGGACUCAGAAGUAAUGCACUGAAACUGUUUAAUGUUAUUCAAAUGUAGAACAUUUCAUCUGUUGUGAGGCUGAUGUGAUACCUUGAUGAAGUGCUUUCAAAAAACAUUUGUUAAGGUGUCCAUAUUUCUGUGACUUCCUUUUUUUUCUCUCUCAGACUGUUACACCUUUUUUCAUCACACAUUGUGAAAAUAUCUGUAGAGGUUGUUUGUCGGCAGGGAGACUUCUGCAGGGCAAGCUGGGCGUAUUGCCCGCCUGUCUGCAUUCAGAACAAAUACGCGGGUUGUGUCCCUGCAGAACCAGUGCUGUUUCCAAAGAUUUGAAAAAGGGAUAACAUACUUUACAUGUCAGAGUUCAAGCAAUGCAUCUCACUUCUAUUGAAGGUUUUAUAAGAUUUCAGAGCUUUUUAAAAAUCUGUUCAGCAAAUAUGAUGUGUUUCAAGGGCUAUUGUAUAGAAAUAAUAUUGGGGUAUUUAAUUCUUUAUGCUUCUAUUUAACUGUUUUACUUGUUUGUUUGUUUAAUUAGUUCUUUGUUUUUUCCGAUGCAGCUACAAGACUUCACAAGUCUAAAAAAUUACUCUUUGCAACUGCUUUGGAAUAGACAAUUGCUAUACAAAUGUUUUCUGAAGUACAGCUUAAUAGCUGUUAUGGCAAAGAUUUGUGCUGCAAACACAAAAAACACGGAUUCCUAGGGGGAAAUGCCCUGAUAAAGCCAUUUGCAUGCGUAAGAUGUGGCAGUGAUGCACAGCACUGAUCAGACAGCAAAGAAAUUAAAUCUGGACUGAGGCAAGAACAGAGGUCAAAAAAUGGUGGCAUGCAGCGGAGUGUCAUCAUGUUGCAAUCAAUUGAUUAGAAGAACUGCAGGGAAGAAUUGUGAACUGGUGCUGUAUUUGAAUAUCCUGCAUUAGAGUGUUUCAUUAGAGAUUCUGUGUUAUUUUCAGUUCUCCAGGACACUUUCUUUAGAAUGCAAUGCAGCUUAAAUUGGAUGCGUCUAAUCCUUGUAUUUUGUUAGACAUUAAAAGUCAAAAUAAAUGUUGAAUUGAAAUAAAUUUUCCAAUAUACGAUGUGAA